GCGUCUCGCCACAGCUGUCUGCGAUCAUUGAGCCGCCUGGCGCCAUCCUGCUCCUUGCAGAAAGAAUGCCUGCACUGUAAAAAAUAGAGAGAAAACACGAGAUCCGAUCAGGCAGUCUGAGCCCUGGGAUCUCAGCCCUCCCGCUUUGUAGUGUGGGACUUCUGCUGGGCUGGGGCACAACUUCUGUGGGACACUCACCUGAAGGAGCCUCUCCUCACCUGAGCUCACACACUCCUCCUAAACUGCUGCUCUCCCUGCAGGUCACUCGCUCCCUGGAUUUAUCUCUUACUUCAGCUGAUUGGACUUACUUUUCUGCCAAGUUGGGAAGCACAGAAGAACUUCAGCAACAAGUCCUAAGUGCUGGGGGACAUGGAGGUCUCUGCUACAGACCAGCCUCGCUGGGUCAGUCACCACCACCACCACCCGGCUGUACUUAAUGGACAACACCCCGAGUCCCAUCACCCUGGGCUAAGUCACUCCUACAUUGAUCACUCACAGUACCCUCUUACAGAAGAUGUGGAUGUACUUUUUAAUAUCGAGAGUCAAGGAACCCAUGUCCCUUCCUACUAUAGCAACUCGGUGCGAGCAGUGCCCAGGUACCCAGCUCCACAUCACGGCCAGGUAUGUCGCCCUCCUCUUCUACACCCCUGGUUGGAUCAUAGCAGCAAGGCUAUAGGAGGACCUCAUGCCGCAUCACCAUGGAACCUGCCUCCCUUCUCCAAGACCCACAGUCCUCCCGGACCCCUUACUGUCUACCCUCCAACUUCUUCGUCAUCCUCUUCCCUGGUUACUGGACAUUCAAGCCCCCACCUCUUCCCUUUCCCCCCAACACCACCAAAAGAUGUCUCCCCAGACCCCUCCAUAUCUAACACUGGAUCCACAGCUAAUCGUCAAGAGGACAAGGAUUGCAUCAAAUACCAUGUGUCCUCCGAGUCCAUGAAACUGGAGUCCUCUCACACCAGAACCUUAGGAGGAGCAACGUCUUCUGCUCACCACUCCUUAUCCAACUACCAGUCCUAUGUCCAAGACUACAGUCCUGGACUUUUCCCACCAAACAUUAUCGGGGGAUCUCCAACCAGCUUCCAGUGUAAAGCUAGACCAAAGACACGCUCAAGCACAGGCAGGGAGUGUGUAAACUGUGGGGCAACGUCAACCCCUCUGUGGAGGCGAGAUGGCACCGGGCAUUAUCUUUGUAAUGCAUGUGGACUCUAUCACAAAAUGAAUGGCCAGAACCGACCCCUCAUUAAACCUAAAAGAAGGCUGUCCGCAGCUAGGAGAGCGGGUACGUCUUGUGCAAACUGUCAAACCACCACCACUACGCUGUGGAGAAGGAAUGCCAAUGGUGACCCAGUGUGCAAUGCCUGUGGGCUGUACUAUAAGCUGCACAAUAUUAACAGACCUUUGACUAUGAAGAAGGAAGGAAUCCAGACCAGAAACCGAAAAAUGUCUAGCAAGUCGAAGAAAUGUAAAAAGAUCCAUGAUGGUCUCGAGGACUACACGAAGGCCAGUUCAUUUAGCCCUGCAGCCCUCUCCAGACAUAUGUCUUCGCUUACCCACAUUUCACCUUUUAGCCACCCCAGCCACAUGCUUACCACACCAACACCAAUGCACCCAUCGUCCAGCCUCGCGUUUGGACCUCAUCAUCCCUCCAGUAUGGUCACUGCCAUGGGUUAGACUUUAAACCAUGCCUCUUGCAUCCCCCUUAAGACUUCAUCUCUAUUUUGCAUUUUUUUGCAAACUGAUGACCCCCCCCCCUAUGGAAAGGAAGUUAAUUUAAAUGCUCACGCAAUGUAUUGUUAGCAAAUUUCAAAGGAACUCACUAUGGCAUCUGCGCAUUCUUGACCACUGAAUCUGGAUCCCAUUUGUGAAUAAGCCAUUUAAACGUCAACUCCCUGUUGACAAGGGUUUCUAGUGCUGUGAACAAAGUAAUGAACCUUGCAAAGAAAUAUAAAAAGCAAAAUAAAAAAAAAUCAAUAAAACAAACUUCUAUGUUGUAAAUUUUGGAGACUUUUAUCGCCACAUAGCACCUGUAUGAAAAGCAUGAAGGACCAGAAGACUAUAUGGAGAUGGCGGCUUUGAAAACUAAGACUUAUAUACUGCAAUGCUUUCUGUCUAAGAACAUGAACAAACUGCCAGCGCUGUUUUCCUCUGACUGGCUGGAGUUGUUUGGUGCAUUAAACUUGUAGACAGUUCAUACAUUCAGGAUUUGGGCCUCUUUUUAGGAUGUUCUAUUGGUCCCAGGCAAUCAGUGUUAAUAUACCGAUAUUGCCAAUGUGGAUGUACAGCUAGCUCAUUCCUCAGGCCUCAAUGCAUUGUGAACAAGUUCCUGUAAUUGUUGUUUGUAUGUAUAAUUCAAAGACACCAGAAUAAU